UUAAAGGGGAAUCAAAGAUCUUGCAAGACACUGCAUGCAAAGGUUUGGAAGUCGCCUCGAAAAGGGACAGCAGUGAAAAUGGGCAAGAUUUUACUGUUUCUCUUCGUUACAUGCACUUUGGUUCAACUUUCUACGCAGUUUUGGCCCAGUAGGAAAAAAGAGGUAAAAAAGGCACUUUGGGAUCAACUGAGUAUCAAGCUUCCUGGCUUGUUUGGAGGCAGCCAGAAAUUGCCAAUCACGGUAGACGCAGCUAAAAAGAAAUCAUGGCGGAAGACUGACAAUAAAAAAUGCGAUGGGCACAAGCUUUUUAGAGGGAAUCGUUAUCGAUAUGAAUCUGAGUAUGGCACAAUGUUGCUGUUUGACUCCAAUGGUCACAUCGCUGGGAUGCAAGUAGCGGUACCAACAUCUGUACCCAUGGUUGAGAAGAGGAAAUACAUGCUGCCAAUAGAAAAUGGCCGAUACCAUCUGACUGUGUACUUCCAAGACCCAAGUACCAUAUGCAACGCCCCUAAACGUAGUGACGGAGGUAUUGGUGACAAAUUUUUUAUUCAAGUUGGUGAGACCUGGGAGAAGACGAUGAAAGUCCCGAUUAAUAAAGACGAUCUCAAAUCAACAAUGUGGGUAGAGGGAAAAUGUAUUACAAAUUAUGGUCACUUUUUUUGGUACGAUAUAUCCAAGAAAAUGGACUGCGAGAAGUUCUUCCCCGUUUUCCUAACAUAUUCAAACAAAGGAAAGCUGAAUGGAUUUGGCUGGACAUUGAAGGGCUACUUUGAUGAUCCUAAAUUUGAUCAUCCCGACCCAAGAUGGGCCUCUUUUGCCUUCCAAUCAAAGAGCAUGCCGGACUGCGUAGCAACAGCAACGACAAGAGGAUCAACACAGCAAGUGUUCCUUCAAAGUAGCUAUUCCAGCUACACUUGCACAAAUUUUUGGGGUUAAAGAUUUUCUAGAACUCAUUGAUUUUUUUCUUCUUAAAACUUUAUACUUAGUUAUGGGAAUCUGAAAUGAAGUUUGAAAA